GGCGGGCCGGGCUGGGGAGAAGUGUACAAAAAGCGCCCAGCCGCCGCCCAGCAGCUAGCGGAGCAGCGGGCGGAGCACUGACCAAGGAAAAUGGCAGACGGUUUUUCGCUUAAUGAUGCCUUAGCUGGUUCUGGAAACCCAAACCCUCAAGGAUGGCCUGGUGCAUACCAACCUGGGGCAGGGGGCUACCCAGGGGCUUCCUAUCCUGGGGCCUACCCUGGGCAGGCUCCUCCAGGGGCUUAUCCUGGGCAGGCUCCUCCUAGUGCCUACCCAGGCCCAACUGCCCCUGGAGCUUACCCUGGCUCAACUGCCCCUGGAGCUUACCCUGGCCCAACUGCACCCGGAGCUUACCCUGGAUCUGCACCUGGAGCCUUCCCAGGGCAACCUGGAGCACCUGGGGCCUACCCCAGUGCUCCUGGGGCCUAUCCUGCUGCUGGCCCCUAUGGCGCCCCCACUGGAGCAUUGACAGUGCCCUAUAAGCUGCCCUUGGCUGGAGGAGUCAUGCCUCGAAUGCUGAUUACAAUCAUGGGCACAGUGAAGCCCAAUGCAAACAGGAUUAUUCUAAAUUUCAUGAGAGGGAAUGACAUUGCCUUCCACUUUAACCCUCGCUUCAAUGAAAACAACAGGAAAGUCAUUGUGUGCAACACCAAACAGGAUAACAACUGGGGAAGGGAAGAAAGACAGUCAGCUUUCCCAUUUGAAAGUGGCAGACCAUUCAAAAUACAAGUCCUGGUUGAACCUGACCAUUUCAAGGUUGCAGUCAACGAUGUUCACUUGCUGCAGUACAACCAUCGGAUGAAGAACCUCAGGGAAAUCAACCAGAUGGAAAUUUCUGGUGACAUAACCCUCACCAGUGCUGCACCCACCAUGAUCUAAUCCAGAAGGGCAGUGCUUGAAACUGAAGUUAAACGUUACUCAUUUAAAGGCUGUGCUCAUUCUGAGCGGAAAACUACAUUUUUUUCCUUCUUAUCCUUCUUGUAAGGCAUCCAUUUAAUAAAUAUUCCUGUGCUGAUGGA